AGGGUUACACCGUUUUUUUUUCAUUCUCGCUGACAUUUCCACACCGUACGGGAUUCAAACGUGACACAAUCUGGACUCAUGAGAUCGUUUUAAUUAAUUCCAGCGCAAGGGCUUGAAACAGCAGGAUAUUGAUCAGAAGUCGGAAAUAUUCCGGGAAUUUCCUUCCAGAUAAGAGGUACGCUGGGAAAACGUAUAUAUUUUUUGGACGAAGAAACUACCAUUGGACAGUCAUUGUUUAUUUCCAAGUUUCACUGUUUUGCUCGGAAGGGCUCAGGCGGUGGAGCAGAAUGCCUCAAAAAGGAAUGAUCUAAAUAGUCAGACGCAAAUGAAGGGCUAAAUUGUUAUAAACGGACAGUCAACUCUGUUACCAGAAUACCAUAACCAACCCACGUGGGAAUCAGGAGUGGCGUCCAUGAUGCAAAACAGUCACAGUGGCGUCAACCAGCUUGGCGGGGUGUUUGUGAACGGCAGACCGUUACCGGACUCCACCAGACAGAAGAUCGUCGAACUCGCACACAGCGGAGCGCGACCCUGCGACAUCUCCAGGAUUUUGCAGACCCAUGAUGAUGCAAAAGUCCAACUGGACAAUAAGAACGUGUCGAAUGGGUGCGUGAGCAAGAUUCUGGGGAGGUAUUAUGAGACGGGCUCCAUCCGACCGCGAGCCAUCGGAGGCAGCAAGCCCAGAGUAGCGACGCCUGAAGUGGUGGGCAAAAUCGCACAGUACAAGAGGGAGUGUCCAUCUAUAUUUGCCUGGGAGAUUCGGGACAGGCUGCUGUCGGAGGGUGUGUGCACCAACGAUAACAUACCGAGCGUGUCGUCGAUAAACCGAGUGCUACGCAACCUGGCUAGCGAAAAGCAACAGAUGGGUGCAGAUGGCAUGUACGACAAGCUGAGAAUGCUCAACGGGCAGAGCGGCACGUGGGGGACUCGUCCGGGAUGGUACCCUGGUACGUCUGUGCCAGGACAACCAAAUCAAGACGGUUGCCAGCAACAGGACAACGGUGGUGAAAACACAAACUCCAUCAGCUCAAACGGCGAGGACUCAGACGAGACUCAAAUGCGUCUGCAGCUGAAAAGAAAACUGCAGAGAAACAGAACGUCCUUCACGCAGGAGCAGAUCGAGGCACUUGAGAAAGAGUUUGAAAGAACACACUAUCCAGACGUUUUCGCAAGAGAGAGACUUGCGGCAAAAAUUGACCUCCCGGAAGCAAGAAUACAGGUCUGGUUUUCAAACAGAAGAGCCAAGUGGAGGAGAGAGGAGAAACUGAGGAACCAGAGACGACAAGCCAGCAACUCCUCCAGUCACAUUCCCAUCAGCAGCAGCUUCAACACCAGCGUCUAUCAGGCCAUCCCACAACCCACCACACCUGUGUCCUUCACGACAGGCUCAAUGCUGGGCCGACCAGACACAGCUCUGACCAACACAUACACGGGUUUACCCCCAAUGCCCAGCUUCACUAUGGCCAACAACCUGCCUAUGCAACCAAGCCAGACAUCUUCCUAUUCCUGCAUGCUGCCCAGCAGUCCGUCAGUGAACGGGCGAAGCUUCGACACUUACACCCCCCCUCACAUGCAGGCACACAUGAACAGCCAAACUAUGGCCACUUCUGGCACCGCUUCCACAGGACUCAUCUCUCCUGGAGUGUCUGUCCCUGUCCAAGUCCCCGGAACUGAGCCUGACAUGUCUCAAUACUGGUCAAGAUUACAGUAAAGAAAAGAGCUACUUCGCCCUUUGACUUGAGCGCACAGAGACUGAGCGAGAAGCUGGACGCGUCUGCACAGUAUUUCCGCACACAGACUCAAACAAACUGUCAUGAGGAUGAGGCGCGAGCUCUUUUCACACUCCCAGAACUUCUAAAAAAAAAAAGAAAAAAUGGAGAGACUUUAAUGGAACAAAAACAAGCGACCUCUGCGACAUCCACAUUUUUCCAACUCAUUUUUUUUUGUACUUGUACAUCAGCAUUUAUAUGUAAAGAGAGCAGCCCAUAAAAUACACUGGUGUCCUCUAAUAUUGGCACCCUUGGUAAAUAUGAGCAGUCUAUGAUAAAUAGUCUUUGUUGUUAAACCUUUUGUCCAUUUUGUUCAAAAUAUGAACAAAAAAUAUCUCAUUGUAAACCGUUUUAUCACGUGCAAAAUUAUUGGCACCUCUCAACACUUAUUUUUUUUUAUUUUUUUUU